AUGCAAGUUGACAGGACUGGCUUGAUCUGCGAUGUUCUCAUUCAACCAUUCGAAAUCAUCACAAGUCAAGCGUAUGAUUAUGCCUCUUAUUGUUGCACCACUAACUCGAAAACUUCACGUAUCCUUCUACGAGAAGGUGAAGUUUCCCAGCUUGCUGAGCUUAUUGAAACCAAUGAAAAUGAAUGUGGAAUAGAUAGUUUGAUCAGAAUCCCGCUCCAGAUUUUUCAUGAUAGUCUUGGUGGAGGAAUGCUUCCAAUUAAAAUUGAUCGGAACAGCAAGGAUCAGGGUACGACAAUGAUAGGUAAUAAAAGACCAGAUUUUUUAUGUUGGACGAACAAUGUACUUAUAUUUAAAGGCGAAGAGAAGGUCGAAGUUAAGGAAUUUCAAGAUGCCGUAGAAGAACUCGAAGAAAAAUUCAAUAAGUUCGACCCUACGUAUUUUGGAAAUAUACAAUUUAUGUUUGUUACGCCGUAG